UUGGAGAUGGUCCCUGGUUCCAUUUGUAUCAACCCAAAAGUUUAUGGAGUUGAUUUGAAUUUGAAUCAAUUAAGUUUACUAAUUAUCUAAAGUAUUACUUUGUCUAGAUUGACAAUUAAUUAUCAAUUGUUCUCACCUUGUUCAUUAGCUCUUUGAUAAAUUACCAUGGACAUAAGUCCAUCUUCCAGUCCUCUUGGAAUUGAUUCUAUCAUCACUGAUGAUAGCAGGAAAAGAAGUAACCAAGAAAAUUCUACCAACGGUCAAACGGAUAUAUCCAAACGGGUUAAACGUGAAGAAGAUGCCGCUCAGAUAAACCCAUGGAAGAAGAUGAUGAUGAUGAUCAAUUAGAUUAUGGUGAUGACAUUACCGAAGAGCUGCCGAAUACUGUCUACCUUGAGCUUCUUAAGCCUGAUGUUUCUUUGGAAAAAUUUGGUAUCCCGGUUACUAUAGACAAAUUCAUUUCCUCUAUAAUCUAUUUUGAUCCAACUUUUCAUGGAGCUAAAAAUUUCCCUGAAGUUAUGAACGUUAAAUCUAAAUUACGUAGUGUCACCGGAAAACUGACCUUCGAAUCACUUGACAUAUACUGUCUUUACUAUCUUCCAGUUGUCAUGUAUUCCUUUUGUAGGUUGAUGUCCAAAGCACUUGACCAGAAGAAAGAUAUUCUCAAAGAAAAUCCAACCAAAUAUUAUGAAGAUGUUUACAUCUUGAUGAAGGAAGAAUUUCAUUCGCAGAUCGAUUUUAAAUUGGUUAAAUUCCGCCCGAAACAUGAAUUCGAAGGUCCCCAGGCUGGUGAUUUAGCUUUCAUUCGCGCUAAAUGUAUUCGAUAUCCCGAAGAUACCGACGGAACAUUUGAAGAAAACUAUCACUUUGGACUCUUUUUAUCAAGCCAAACCCGUGUCGUUAAACCGGAAGUCUAUGCAAUCGAACACGCAAUAGUCAACAAUUACCCAGCGGAAGAACGAGGUGACCUUAUCUGCGAAGAGAGUAUUGUCCGUGUUCGUCAUGUAAAUUCACUCUUUCUAAGAAACGAUUACCAAUUAGCGAUAUUUAAACUAGUCAACUGUCUAUUCCACAUGCUCCAAGCUAAGGCUCUUUACUUGCUCGGUGCUAAUCCUUGUCAAGAACAUUUUCUAAAUCCUGUUAUGGUGAUUAAAAAUUCUGGAGUAACAAUCGAAGAGAAUUUGCAACUUCCACCAGAAGAUUUGGACACCAUUCAGAAAGCGAUCGAUCUUGUUGGUCAAAGUGACUCUUCAUCCUCUUGUUUCCUCGCCAUCGAUUUCACGGAUCCAAGUCGCUACAAUAAUCUACUCGAGCCGAUCCUCAAACAAAUGAUCUUAAAUGUACCUUUCUUCAGGAGUAAAGAAACCGAAUCAACUCCAAUUUUAAUCAUUUCCAAAUGUCCAGAUUCACUAAAACAAUUGUACGAAAAUUUGAUUCGUGACGAUUAUUUUGGUGAGAACGGAGUCAUUUUAGAUCCAAGUCCAGCUGAAUCAGCUCAAGUUGACGCUAAACUAAUUUCGCUAUUUCAAAAUCAUAUGUCGACUCUAACUCACGAUAAAGAAGCCAAACAGAAAGGAAGCGAAAGAUACACCAAGUGUAUCGAAUAUUUGGAAAAAAAUCGCUCACUCGAUGACCUUAAAGCUCAAUGGGUUGUUGAUAUGCAAAGAACACGAAAAGAAGUCAAAAGAAGAUUAAUCAGAAAAUGUAAAAUUAUUCUAACCAAUUUAGAUAAUAUUUGUAAAGAUGAUCAAUAUUUGAUCAACUUUAAUGCAAAGGCCUUCGGUCAACAUCGUAUUUUGUGCUGUGUCUUACUCGAUGCUCAUCAAUUUACCGAAACGGAAACAGUUUGUCUAACCAAUUUUGGAAUAACCAAAUUCAUUCUCUUUGGAAAUUCAUCAAUCGAAUUGCCUGAGGAAGAACAAUUAACACCAAAAGGAUUAGACAGAUCACUUUUACAUCGAUUACAGAUGAUUGACGCUCGUAAUCAAGAUAAAUCGCCUUACACAUCAUACGUUAAACGUUGAACCAGUUCAAUGAAUCAACACAAUCAGAAGCAAAUUAAUCAAUCAUCAAAACAUUUUCCACUUAACUCAUUCAAUACCAAGAUGAUUAACAUUUUGUAAUUGUUGUUGCCUUAACACCAAAAGCUACAACCGAUUAUAAAUUCAAUUCUGAUAAUUUCUCUAAUUAUUUAAUGAAACAAACAAAUUGUUCCAAAUCAAAGAUCUCCUCCUAACUGAAUCUCAUUAUUUUUAUACAAAACAAAAUUUAAUCAUCAAAAUGUGUUCACUUAAUUGUUGAAAAGAAUCACCAAGAAAUAAAGACAAACCUUUAGGUUAAUCAA